UUCUCAGACUUCCACGGGACAUGCGGAGCGUUGAAGAGCUGGAUAUCUGAUUGGAUUAAUCACGGCGUUUUCUUGAUAAUUUACUCAAGGCACCAGUGAGGCAGUGAGAAGCGCGCCACGGGGACACCGAGUCCAUACGCAUCCAGUCAGCAAUGGCGUCCCUGCUGAGGACUUCGACCCCAAACGCCGCGCGGCUGCUACUUCGGGCAACUCCGCGGGUAUUCGGUGCCCCAUUCUCACAGGGAAUAACACAGCCGCCAUCACGGCCAAGGUCAAUUCAAACCUCGGCCGCCUUGUCAUCACCACCGACACCACCACCACAGGACCACUCCACCACAUCCAACAACGACCCAAACCUCAACACCGUCAACCAAUCCGAAGUCUCGCACUUUGAUGCCUUGGCCUCAACGUGGUGGGACUCCCAUGGCCCUUCACGCCUGCUACACCUGAUGAACCCCCUCCGCCACGACUUUAUCGCCUCCUGCCACGCCUCGGAGUCACCACCACCGCCAUCAGCCGACGGCUCAUCACCCCAGCCCUCGCAGCCCCGCCAAGGCCUGCACUACCUGGACGUCGGCUGCGGGGGCGGUAUCUUUGCCGAGUCGGCCGCCCGGCUCCCGACCGCGGCGUCCGUGACCGCCAUCGACGCGUCCUCGCAGGUCCUGGCCGUGGCCCGCGCCCACCUGCGCCGCGAAACGCCCGCCGUCCAGUCCAAGCUCACGUACCUGCACUCUAGCAUCGAGGCUCUAGCCGCCGCGGUGGGGCCUGAGGGGUCACCCGCAACCCCGGCCAAGCAGUACGACGUGGUGACGACGUUCGAGGUGCUCGAGCAUGUCGACAACCCAUCCGCGUUCCUGCAGCGGUGCGGCGCACUCGUCCGCCCGGGCGGCUGGCUCGUCCUCAGCACCAUGGCGCGCACCUGGACCUCGUGGGCCACCACCAUCUUUGCCGCCGAGCGCGUCUUGGGCAUCGUCCCGCCUGGCACCCACGAUUGGCAAAAGUACGUCGAUGUGGAGGAGCUGCGCGCUCACUUUGCGUCCCGCCCGGCGUCGGAGGGCUGGACGGGCAACGGCUCGGCUGAGAGGUGUCAGGGCGUCGUCUACAUGCCUGGGCUGGGGUGGAAGGCCGUGCCUGGGUCGGAAAAGGUUGGGAAUUACUUUUAUGCUAUGAGGAAGAGCCCCUACGUCCCUGCCUGAGUAUGGGGGGGUGGUGAGCGGACUGACCGGGGGGAUGUAAUACUACAGUGUAUCAGUAUACUUUGUCUGGUGUAAAAGCUUGUAGAAUAUAAACGUAUAUAUAUAAUUGAGUGGAGAAUGAUAGAUAUUAAACAGGGUAGGUAGGCAUAUUUUAGACCUACGCUCAUAAACCGAAUCCCAAACGUAGUAGUUUAUCACAGACAUUGGUGUCCAAAAACAACUUGUACAAAAACAC